AUGGAGAUUCAGCGAUACCAGCAUUCUGCACCACUAGUGAGGAGUCUCACCAGUCUUGAAAGGAUGGAAAUACCAACUUUUUUCAAGAGCAAAAAUCCCUUCCCCCUUGAGUCUAGUCUGAAGGCCAGAGUUGACAGACAGAGCUUGCCAUCUCGCAAGGCAAUGCUGUCUGCAAUGAAGGCAAAAAUGCCUUUCAUGUACCAGAGAGAUAUUUGUCAUGCUGAAGAGCACUUUGCAGAAUACCGGAAACAAUGCCUCCAGAAUGCAGCCAAGAACCUUUAUUUUUCUAAAGAAGCUGUUUACCACAGAGGGGCAAUACUCCAGUCCUUUAAGGAAUAUGACCCCAGGGGGUUGUAUGAUUUUUCCAGUGUCAUUCAGAAAAAAGAAAGUGAAAAUGUUGUUGUUAAGAAGCAAAGGCGACCAAGUAGGCUCAGACCUUUGAAGAAAAUACAGUCCCUGGUAAUGAAGCCAGACACUCCCCCUCCCAAGGAAACCACUGCUGAUGUUCCUGUCUGCAUGGAACAGCUUAUCUGGAAAGCCAAGGUGGAAAGCACACUUUCAGAGCCAAGUCUGCUGGUACCUAUUCCACCUCCUCCCCCUCCUCCUUCUUGUGAACCUCCUUACACAAAAGCAUUCCUGACAGAACCUCAUGAGAUGUUAGGAGACUUGACAAUCAAGAGGUCAAAAGCAAGACCCCAGGGCACCACAGUCCAUGAGCCAGAUCAUGGGGACCUGAGGUGGGAAGGAACAAUGUUGAUGAAGUUAAACAAGGCUACAGCUCAAUUCAUUGUGAAUAAUCAGCCCACCUGGGGAGGCUGGGUUCAGGGUAAGCCACCGGGUUUCAAGAAGCAAAAAUAUAACUGGGAAAGCAUCAGGUACGUGCUUCCUGAUGAAAGUGAUGUGGAACUACUGGAUCAGAUUCAGGCUGAGGAUACAGUAGUGAAAGGUGAGAUUCAAAUUGAGGAAGAGAAGAAACUGGAGACACCUCUCUCUGCUUAUUAUUACAGGCCAUCUUUCCACAUGAGAGGGCAGGGUGUGGGAGAUUCAGUUGAUAUAAACAGAACUGUGGAUCAAAUAUCAAAGAAGGAUAUCAGACAUCUGGCACGUACUAAACUUCGAGAACGGCUGAGCACCCGGGUUGGAAAAUAUUCAUACACUACCCAGAAUGUGUUUGAACAAGACCUCUAUUUUGGGUCAGCCAAAAUUGUCCAUCAAAAGACCAAGAAGGAUCUUAUUGUUAUGGAUAAUCAUUAUGAAUAUCAUAAACAGCUCCAGCAAUGCUACCCAAGACCUCCAGAGGUCUGGAGCUUCAUGCCACCAAAAAAGACAGUUCAUAGGGUGCAGAAGGGAGCCAUCCACUGGGCAGCGCUUCCCUCUGUCAUUGAACACUUCACCAAAGUGAGCGAAGCCGAAUCCCUUGAACCAGCUAUGAGAGAGAGAAGAUAUUUGCAUGGAAAGACUGAUCUAGAUGUGUCUGAGGAAAUCUGUAUCCGUAAGACUAUGCUGGAACAGUGGAAGGCUGCUUGGAAAUAUGGUCCGCGAUGGCAUUCAGCAACUAUAGAAGGAUUAAUCAGAGACUUGGCAGAUGUGCACAUUCAAAAUCGGGUCAAUGCUAUACUUACCUGCGCAACUGCUGUGCUUGAGCGGCCCCAUGCAGUCCACAAUGCAAGUGAUGAGUCAGUAAUAGGGAUAGAAACUGGUGGCAGGAAUUUAGAAGUUGAAGAUAUACCAAAGAAAAUACAGCCUUUGCUUAGAAAUACAUUGUUUGAUAAGGAUGCUCAUGUGAGAAUGGCUGCUGCGGUGGGCUUCUACGCCAUGGGGGAGUGGAAUCCAGUGGCACGGUCCAUCAUGAAGGAUGCUCUGAUAAAUGGUAAUAGUACAGACAGUUGGACUGCAGCUCAAGCCCUGGCAGUGGAAGGCAAUACACAUUUCCAUGUAGUGAAAAGGAUCCUGACUCAAAUUUUUGAGCAGAAGGAUGAUGCCACAGAAGACCAGGCUUGUAUUUUAUUAUCUCGACUCAGCCGACACACAGGCUUGGUUCAUUGCUUACUGGCAUCCGAAUUGAACAGCUACCAAUGGAAGAAUCGGGUUUGGCCUGUAAACAUUUCACGUAUUCCUGGGAGUGUCAGCCAAGACCUAAAAAACAAAAUUGUCCAGCUCAUGUGGACAGAUUGGAAGUUUGAUGUACGCCAGGCAGCUGCCAAGGCUUUGGGGCAUUUGGAGCUUGGGAAAGAAGUCCAUGAUCAACUCAGGGAGAAGCUAAAAAGAGGAGAUGUCCGGAUGAGGGUGGAGGCUCUUUCAUUGAUUGGGUGGCUGAAAUUCAUGACAGCCAGGCUGCUCCCUGGCUUCCUAAAGUGUUUCACUGAUGACUUUGUAGCAGUUCGAAAAGAAGCCUGCUGGGCAGCUGGAGAACUUCAGAUUAAAGAAGAGAUGGUGCUCAGGUGCCUUUUUAAGAUAAUGCAGACUGACCCUCUCUGGAAAAUCAAGACUCUAGCUAUCAAAGCUCUGGGUCAGAUAGGAGAGGCAAGUCCUCACCUGAAAGAACUUCUCCUCUGGGCCCUUCAUUAUGAAGAAGAUCCCGGGGUGCGAAGGGAAGCCUGUCGUAGUCUCAUCACCCUCAAGAUGAAGGAUGAAACAGUUCGGGCUACUUUGCUGGAGAGAAUGAUUAUGGAGCCAAAUGAGACGGUCAAAGAGGAAGUGAGCCGUGCCAUGAAGAUUUUCAAUUUUGAACAGGAAGAGGAACACGAAACGAUUCAGAUGAUCAAGAAUAAGGUUGCCACAUUAAGCCAAAAAGACUUGGUAAUUGAGAAACUGCUCAAAAUUAAGGAGAUAACAAAGAACACGUGGCAGGAAGCCCACCGCAUCUACCGAGAGAAGGGAGACGUCUUUGCGUACAGUUCAAUAAGGGACAUCUUCCUUGAUGUUGUUCAAGAUAUUUUCACUGAAAGCUUUCAAUGUCCAAGCAGGAAGUUCUCAGAGGUUUGGAUUACUAUCUUAAAUAUACUACCUUGGUUGGGAAUCCCUCCAACCCCAUGGUCACAAAGAGCCUUCUUAGAAGCACUGAAAAUACGCAAUGCUGAGAGGCAGAAUGUGCCAAGAAACCAAAAGCACCCACAGAGAAGCAGAAAAAAAUCCAGCGUCAAGAAAACAAAAACAAACAAAAAACUGCUCAGAGUCCAUUUACUAGUCAGCCACUCAGCUGACUCUUCUACUGUGGGAAACAAGGUACAAAAGUCAUGUACAGAAAAUAGCUUUUCAGAUAUUUGGAAGCAGAAUAAUCAUAAUACAGUUGUUAAUUGGUGUGUGUGUUCCACCAUGGUCUCUAGUCAAACCAGCUCUGCAGGAUUUUGAAUCAUUCAGCUUACUUCUGCAUCUAGUUUCAGCUCUCUCAGGGUGUAUUUCCAGCAUUGCUGGUAUUGCCACACAUCUAUUACAUUCAUGGUAAUACUUCUGCAUUAGAUGGGUACCUAUUAUGGGAUAGUGGCCAUGCAAAGCAAUAUAUUUCUUCAC